AUGGGGCAACCUGACCGGAAGAGCUUCUGGUCCUUGUCCUGGCCAUGGGCGCCUUUCCUCAUGGCCUGUGUUAGUCGAGCUGUGUUCAGCUUGUACAUUGUCUUCCUGAUCGAGGACAAGGUCGUCGGUUUGGCCCCUGUACUGCUUCGCUCCAUCUGCUUCUAUGCAGUCGCCGCAGUCCUCGCUACUUGGAUACUGCGCCAGGUGAGCUCCCUUUGCAAUGUGCAGCCCACGCCCGACUUGCGAGUUUACGUGGAGUCUGGCAGCUUCCGCGACAACUCCGUGUCGUGGGUGUCAGCCGAGAUGAGGGGUUGGCGCGAAAAUAUGGAGGAUGCGCACGUGGCAGCCGAUUUCUGCAAAGAUGCUUUUGAAGAUGCGCUACUCUUUGCGGUGCUGGAUGGCCAUGGAGGCAGCGACGUCUCAACUUUGGCCUCGAAGCUGUUGACCCGAGAAAUGGAGGCCUGCAGGAGAAGAAUCCACACUAGCAAGAUGUCUCAAGCGGAAGUGCUCGCAGAGGUCGUUCGCCACUCGCUCCCGCGCUUGGACGAGAAACUGCGAAGCGGUUCCUGGGGAAUCGGUUGGCUGUUCCCGGGUGUUCUGCACCCGUUUGCAGCAUGCGGCUCAACAUGUGUGACCGCCGCCGUGGACCUCGUCGGGCGAGAGGUAAUCGUUGGCAAUGUGGGUGACUCUCGUGCUCUUCUCAUCCGGGAUGGGAAGGCAAUCGCUCUGUCCGAGGAUCACAAACCUGAAAAUCCCAUAGAGCGAAACCGAAUCCGGGCGGCUGGUGGCCAGGUCAUUAAAAUUGGGCCUUGCCAUCGCGUGGACGGAAACCUGAACCUUUCGAGGGCAUUUGGUGAUUUCAACUACAAGUCAACCGCUCACCUGCCCGCAGAGAAGCAGAAGGUGAUAGCUUAUCCAGAUGUGACGCGGACCGCCUUCCGCGGCUGGCCGCAAGAGCUUCUGGUCCUCGCUUGCGACGGCCUCUUCGAACGAUGUUCGAAUCAGGACAUAGCGAAUCUUAUCUGGCCGCGGCUGAAGAUGGCAAUGCCUUUGGAACAGAUAGCGACUGAAGUGCUCCAUGCAUGCUGUGCUCGGUCAUCACGUGGCAGACCGAUCGAAGAAGGAACAGACAACGAGACGAUCAUCUUGAUCCGACUUCCGGACAGUCGGGCACCGCAAGAGGAGCCUGCUGGCACCAACAGCGCCGCCGACCCCGCCGGGCCCGGCGCGCCGGAGGCGCCGCAGGGGAUGGUCCGCGCGAAAAUGUGCCCCAGCCGCCGUGCGCUUCCCAGAAUCUUGAAGAUGUCGGGUGUGCCCGGUGUUUUCUUCGGCAUCCAGGAGGAAGCUGUCCGGCGUGGUGCCUGGAACAGAGCGAGCGCUUGCACCUGGCUUAGCAUCGGAAGUGUCGCAUUAGCUCGUUCCUUGGAUUCCCCUGGACACGACGGUGCUGAGAAGGCAGUUUUCAUUGCCUGUGAGAGUACCGUUGGUCGCAAUGGCGCAGAGAUGGCUGCGCAAGCCGUGGAGAUGAAGGAGGACGGCGCUGAGUUCUCCGAGAUCAUCCGAAAAGUCUGCCGUGAGGCCGGGCGCUGCGAAGCUCCGAGGAGGGGCAAGGGACAGAAGGGCGAACUGCACCCUGUGCCAGCCAUGGCAGAGACAAACGAGGCAGCGGAGCCUCCACAGGGCGACCCUGAGCCUUCCGUGCCUUCCGCUCCAGCCGGCAACGAGGCUGAGACCGUCACUCAGGAGCCCUCUCAAACAGCUGGAGCUGCUCCGGAGACAGCAGGAGCCGAGGCAUCGCAGGCAUCGCAGGCAUCGGCUUCGCAAGUGGAUCCGGUCGCAGAAGGUGCCCCUGGUGAGCCAGCGGAAGCGCCGGCAGAAUCUGCACAGGCAGAUGGGCCUUCUGCGACCGAGGAAGGGAAUGCAGAGAAUGUGGUUCAGGAAGCCCUUGCCGAACACGCAGACGCCAACGAGGCCGACAACCGCGCGACGGUUUCCGAUGCGCUAGCAGAGCAUGCCUCUCCGCCGGAGGAGUCGCCAGCAGAAAGCUCAGCAGAGCCUCCAAAGCCCCAAGAAGCAACCGAGCCGGUUGCCGAUCCAGUUCCUCAGCAAAAUCCAGCAGAGGAGCCACAGUCAGCGGAGCAGGACACUGCCAUUGAGCAGGCGCUAGCAGAACAUGUUGAUGCUGUGGCUGCCGACCAUGAUGAGGCGAUCUCGCAGGCACUAGCAGAGCACGCGCAAAGCGCAAGCCAAGAAAACGAGACGUUGCCCGGAGCUGGGCAACAGCCAACUCAUGAUGCUGCAGCAGACGGCCCACCUGAUGCACCACCGGACGUUCCGCAUCGCGACCCAUCGCAUGCUGACGAAGCUGAUGCAGAGGACACUGCUGCGAAACUUCUGAAGGAUGUCCGGGAUGACAUGGGAGAGCCAUCGCAGGAUCACCAAGACAUGCAUCAUGACCAGUCUUUCGAUUCUUUCCAAAGUGCCUCCCCAAAAACGAUGAACCGGAGCAUUCGAAGUUCGCCUGGCUUCACUUCGCAUUCAUCAGAGGAUCUGAAGAGCAAGCUGCAGUUCUCCAGCAUGACAACAGAUGGCGUGAAAAAAGGGCCCACCUUCAUGCACACCGUCUCAACUCACAAGACAGGACAGAGGUGGUCCUUUGGCCAGAAGGGGCCGAGCACGUUCAUCGCUAGCAGCGGUACUCCGGCACCGGGAUCCUACAACCUGCACACAGGGCAUGGUGGAGGCCGGUACAAGUCGCUGCCAAAGUUCAGCUUCGGUGGUGCAACACGCUUUGCUGUUGGCGAAGUGCCCACCAAGAAGCAGCCAGGACCCGGAGCGUACAACCCGAGAGAUCCUCUCGUCACAGCUGGCCCAAAGGUCAGCUUUGCCGGUGCCAACGCCGGCCGUGGCCCUCCUCUGCCUGAGAACGCUCCUGGACCCGGUGCCUACGAGCAGCGGAGCACUCUGGGAAAGUCGAAGAUGUUCACUGCCAGAGGGCGCCAAGCAAGCUCGUACAUGAGAAGCAGAUCGCAGCCAGGUCCUGGAGCCUACGAUCCCAAGUUGGGUGCUGUGCUCAUGGGGAUUCCCAAGUGUGGCUUCGGCACUUCGAUACGGAAUGAUAUCACGGGGGCUGCAAGAAGCCUCAUGCUGCCUGGACCUGGAGCGUACGACAUGCAAAGCGCGAUGUCGGUCGGCAAGAACGGGCCGAAGUACUCUGCGGCCUCCAGGCGCCGGGUCCACGACCUGGACAGCUAUGUCACGCCUGGCCCUGGAACAUACAAUGCGCACACGACAUCUUUCGUGUAUUGA